AAGUUGAUGGAUGGCCAGAUUUAGCAGUUAGUGGAAAUACUGUAAAGAAAUCAGAUAUCAAAGCAUGUUCAGAAAAUUUCCAGAAAACGAUACAAAAUCAAAGAAAGAUAUACCCAAUGACAAGCGUAAAGAGAGGGAAAUUUAUUUUGAUAUCUAAUGCUCAGUGCAAUUGCACACUUGAAGAAAACCAGACUGAAGAAGAUGCAAAGAAAAAAGAAAAAAAGAUAUACAGAGUGUAUCACAAAUUCAGACUUUGAUAAAUCCAAUAUGAGUCAGCUAUUUAAAUAUAUGGGAUAUGAUACAGCUGGUGGUAUCCUAACUAAGAAAACAAAAGAGGAAAUCAAAGAUUUCUUGAAAAAAAAAUUGAAUGAUAUAGAUAAUGAUCCAUCUUUAAUGUAUGAUAGUCUGGUAAUAAUGUUUUUAUCUGGAAAAUUUGACUCAGAAGCAGAAAAGAUUUAUGACUGUGAUGGAUUUAUUGUUCAAAGGAGUGAAAUUUUAGAAAUUAUGAAUGGCUGUAGAUAUUUUAAAGGAAAACCAAAAGUGUGUUUUGUCCAAACCUACAAUUUUCUAGAAGAAAGUGCACCUUAUGAUUCAACCGAUUCUGCAGCUGAUACCAUUUUAAGGAAUGGUACUCCAAACACAGAUGACAUAUUUGUGGUAUCAAGUUACCCAAGAACAGGUAAAGACAAAUUAAGAAUGAUUAGCUAUAUCAAGUAUAAAGAACAAGGUCCAUGGAUAAUUGGUGAAAACAUGAGUGGAUCAUACUUUAUUCAGGCACUCAUAUAUGUCUUCAAGAAACAUGCCCAUGACAAAUCAUUAAUUGAAUUAUUAGAAGAGGCAAACAAAUGUCUUCUCAAUGCUGUGGUACCAAACAAAAAAGCUGGGACAUUCGAAAAGAUACCUGUUGCACAAAUUGUUUUAUUGGAGUAUUGUGCAGGAAAGGAACUUUUCUUCUUUCCUGGACUUGAAUUUAAGGCACAAGAUUGAAGUGCUUCUUUGUCAGGAAAGCCAGUGUGUUCACCAUCAGAAUAAUGUUUAACUGCAGUUUGAAUAGAUAAAACAAGUUGUUACUUGAAAAGAACCUUGAUCAUUUUUCAUCAGUAAUAUGACUGUCAGCAUAAUGUUUAGGACAACUACUUUUUACUAAGUCUUGAAUCUUUGACAAUGCUGAAUGUACAUAUAGUAGAGGGCUCAUGUCAAUUCUCUGAAAACCAGUAUUCCAAUUAAAUGUUCCCUCAUCUUUCAUACCAUUCACUGUUAAAUAUAAAUUUGUAUUUGUUGGGAAAAUGUGUUUUUCAGUUAAAAAAAGAUCUCAUUAUACAUGUAAUAACUUGUAAAGUAUACCAAUGUUUUAAUGAAAACACAGAUAUGUAUGCCGUGUGUUUUACCAAACUGUUAUGAACCAUUAUAGUUAUCAUUUGUUAGCUUUUUAAAUAUAUGAUGUUAACAUGCCAGCGUAAAGACACAUUUAAAUGCUCUAGAACUCUUUUCAUUUCUUACAACGUUUAGGAGGAAAAAAAAUAAAAACAAGAAAGUUUAAACACUGCUUUCUUCAUAGGUGCUUUCUUAUGAUAAUGUUAAAAGACUCUUGUUUGAGUUAUGGAUUAAUCAUAUGCCCAAGAAUUAGAUAUGCAAUUUAACGCUGAUAUUUACUUCAGAAUAUGGAAAUUGAAACAACAAUAUUACCUCUUUAAAACUUCUGUGGUCGCCUUUAUGAAUUACUAAAGUUUGUGGUGAUCUCCUUAAUUAAGAUAACAUUUAACUAGUAAAACAUACUGUAGUAUAGCUUACGAAUACAUCAUUAUUCCAGUACUACACCAGUUGCUUAACAUAUAUGGAAGUUUCUUUUCCAGCCAAAAUGCCAAAUACCAUUAAUGCAAGCCCUUUGAAAACAAACUGCUUCUAACGAAUAAAGGCUUUUUAGAGUUUAAAAUUGUAUAUAAAAAUAGACUUUUAAAAGAAAUAUCGAAUUGCCACAUUUUCAAAGAUUUUUUCAGUGCUUCAUACAUUUUGCCUAUUUUUUCAGAAUAAUAGACAAUUCCAUUUAAUACGUCUAUGAUUUUGUUUAUAAUUAAAUUACAAGAUUGUCAUUGUGACCCCAUUUAGAUUUAGAUAUACCCCUGUAUUACUGUAAUGAAAAAGGGUAUUUGCAAUAAAAAAAAUAAAAAAAUCACAAAAAUACUGAACUCAGAGAAAAUCCAAUCAGAAAGUCCAUAACCACAAGGCAAAAUCAAAUGACAAAACGCAUCAAAAGCGAAUGGACAAGAACUGCCAUAUUACUUACUUGGUACAGGCAUUUUCAAAUGUACAAAAAAAAAUGACAUAUGGUAUUUGCCAUAAAACAAAAGACUGCAUAUUGUACUGGCAGUUAUGUUUGUUGUGAUCGGACAUCAUUUGACAGAAACUUGUUUUUGAAAUAUCAGUAAAAUAGAGGUGAAAGGUACCUGAAGAACAUUCAACAGUUGAUUAAAAUUAUUUUAUCAAUCAUGAAGUCACAGUUCCUGAACUCAGCAUUGUUGGACUUCACAAAAUAUGCAUUCCAUGAUUUCAGCUGUCAAAUUUAAGUUCCUUAAUUUCCAUGUACCUAAUGUAACCUUUUAUGAAGACAUUUGUUAUCAGGAGGUCAAGCCAGUGUUCAAUUUAGUGUUCAACUAUUUUGAGAUGUAUAUUUGCAAACCAAACAAAUGAUUUAUAUUUGAAUUAUGUUUGUCAAAAUAAUAUACACAUUCAGCAUAGGAUACCUCGGAACAAAAACAUAUUUAUUCACAAUUCUAUCAUUAGAUAUCUCAUAUGAUUAUAAAAAAUGUAUUAUAGAAACUUUUGAGGUUAUUAUUUUAGAUACAUCUAUUAAUUUGGUAUAGUUAUUCGAGUCCUUAUUUUAUAAGCUAAAUCAGACUUAACAAAUAUUACUUUUUCGAUACUUUUGACACUGCAAACACAAUAUAUAUGGAUGUCAAUGACACAAGUAAUAGAUCUUAGGAAUCCAUGUUCGUUCAUCUAGUUUACAUGGACUCAUUGUUUACAACGUUAAUUUUGUUUUUAAAAGACUAUUUUUAUAGGAAUGAUAGACUGUUUUUUUGUUGUUCGCGCAUAUGACUGUUUUUAUAUACAGUAAAAAGAAAAAAAGUGUUUAACAUAUAAGGAUAUUUUCACACUUCCAACACUA